AUGCUGACAAAAUUCUACCAGCACAUCUUGGUCUUGGUGUUUGCUGUUGAUGAGAUCAAUGAGAACCCCAGGAUCCUGCCCAAUGUCACUCUUGGGUUCCACAUCUAUGACAGCUAUACUGAUUCAAGGAUGACCUACAGGGCCACUCUGGACCUGCUCUUUAAUACAAAUUACUUUGUCCCCAACUACCAAUGUGGCAUCCAGAAAAAUGUAAUAGGAGUCAUCGGGGGACUGAGUUCUGAUACCACUUCAUGCAUGGCAGACAUCUUGGGUCUGUAUAAGAUUCCACAGGUGCCACCGCUUUCAGAAUGUAAUGACAUCUGCCAUCCUGGUUAUGGAAAGAAAAAGAAGGAAGGAGUUAAAUUCUGCUGCUAUGAUUGUGUUCCAUGUCCAGAUGGGAUGGUCUCAAAUGAGAAGGAAAUGGAAACUUGUCUCGUAUGCCAAGAAGAUCACUAUCCAAACAAGGGCAAGAAUCAAUGCAUUCCUAAGAUUCCAAACUUCUUAGCCUUUGAUGAAACUUUGGCCAUCAUUUCAACAUUCUCUGCACUAUUGUUGUCUCUGAUCACAGCUCUAGUCUUUGGCAUCUUCAUUAAGUACCGGGACACUCCCAUAGUCAAAGCCAACAACAGAAGUCUCACCUAUGUUCUCCUUGUCUCCCUCCUCUUGUGUUUCCUCUCCUCCUUACUGUUCCUUGGGACACCAAAUAAGGCGACCUGCCUUCUCCGACAAACCAGUUUUGGCAUCGUCUUCUCUGUGGCCCUCUCCAGCAUCUUGGCCAAAACCAUAUCGGUGGUUUUGGCAUUCAUGGCUACCAAGCCAGGAUCCAGAAUAAGGAAAUGGGUGGAUAAAAGACUGGCUUAUUCCGUUGUCCUCUUUUGCUCCAAAAUUCAAGUAGGGAUCUGCACUCUGUGGCUGGCAACCUCUCCUCCAUUCCCUGAUUUAGACAUGCACACAAUGACAGAGGAAAUAGUCCUGCAGUGUAACGAAGGCUUGGUCCUGAUGUUCUAUUGCGUCUUGGGCUACAUGGCCUUCCUUGCCACGGUCAGCUUCAUUGUGGCCUUCCUAGCCAGGAAGUUGCCUGACAGUUUCAAUGAAGCCAAGUUCAUCACCUUCAGCAUGGUGGUCUUCUGCAGUGUUUGGGUAUCCUUUGUCCCAACUUACCUGAGCACAAGAGGAAAAUAUAUGGUGGCUGUUGAAGUCUUUUCCAUCUUGGCUUCCAGUGCUGGCCUGCUGGGCUGCAUCUUUUCCCCCAAAUGCUACAUUAUUGUGUUGCGGCCUGAGCUGAAUAACAGAGAACAUCUAAUACGGAGAAAGACAUAA